CCCCGAUCAUAAUAAUAUCAUCGGUGCGAUACUGGCACUGUCCUUCCUUUUAUCUGUUCUUGUUUAUCUGUUGAGUCUUCAACGCAUGUACACCAUGCUGCUUGCAUACGUGUAGCAUCAGGUGUUAACAAGCAUGUGCGAGUAUCGGUGACGACGCUUCCUUUUUGACGUUAAAUUGUUCGCAUUGUUAGAGUACCCAAAUUGCCACUGUACACGACCUUGGAUACGACUAUUUGACGACCGAUAAUACCGAAAAAAGAAAAAAGAAACCAAAAAAGUCAUGCAGAAUACCUACGAACCUCAGGAACCUAGCCCGUUCACUCGCUCACGGAGCGUCAGUGUCUCGAGCGAUGUGGGCAGGGCCCUUCAAGGUACGCCGCCUCUCGUUGAUCCCCGGCCGGCCUUUAUCGCAGCCUCCGCGGCUUCUCAGAUCGUGAGUGUGGAAUUGGAACAGAAUGCCAUGAUACUCGGGGAUGGUGACAAUGCCAUUGUCUCCCAGGGGAGCCUUGCGUUAUUGAAUGGAUUCCUCGACUAUUUGCUGUUCAAUAUUCUAGCUUCUGCCAAAUCGACGCAAUUGGCCGAUCUCCGCCCCGCAAUCGCCGACGUUCUCAAGCCACGGCUUGCGAAGGAGGUGGUAUCUGCCGCCGAUGAGGAGUUGAGUGAAUAUAUGGGUGGCGAUAAAGAAGAUGAAAUACAAGACUUCCGAGGUGGCCAGAAACCAAAUGGCGAGUUCGAUCUAAUCCGAUCGUGGAAAUUGACUCGUUUGAGGUGCAUGGUUUACACCCGACUGGGCGACCUGGAAGAGGAAGAAGAAGGCGAGUAUAUCGCUCUGGAGACCCUCGAUGAGUCUGACGACACCCCACGACGCUUUUCCAACCAUGCCGGAAAUAUUACCCCAGCGGCCGCCAUUUUUCUAACCUCUAUUAUCGAGUACCUAGGCGAGCACGCAUUGGUUCUUGCAGGUGAAAAUGCCGGUAAUCGACUUGCAUCAUUCCGGAAUUCCGCCAAUUCGGCUGAUCUGGAUAACGUCAACUUAAGGGUAACUGUAGAUGAAAACGACAUGGAAAAAUUGGCCCUGAACCCCACUCUGGGUCGUCUAUGGAGAACAUGGAAGAAGCGAGCGCGCACUCCAACAUUAUCGAGGACUCUCUCUCGCGAAUCUUUCUCAAGACGGGGUUUCGCUAGUGGCGUUAGUACAUCCACUCUGGUUGAUGAAUCGAUCAUACGAGAUCCUCCACACGAGGAUCUGACCGAAGAAGAACAUCCGCAAACCCACGAACCAGCUGAUAUUGCCAUACCGGUCAGCGACAAUGAUGUGAAUGAAAUCGAAAUCCCCGGUCUUUGGGUCGACCCGGAGGAGGUAGAGGCAGUGCAGGCUACCGUCAUUGAAAAGGUACGCCGGAGAAGCUUGCAGCUGACAUUUUCGCUUCGGCCAUCAUCAGAAACAUCCGCAAAACCCCAGUCUGUCACAUCCUCAGCAAGUCAUAAGCGUUCUCAAUCCCUUCCAGUUCAACGCACAGCCUUUCCUUUGGCUACACUGGAGGCAUUUGAGACCACCAAAGAUGAGGAAUCACUUCAGGUGGAAGAGAAAUAUUCACAAACCACGCAUGAGAGCGAGGACAGCGACGAAACACCGGCCCAUAUUCAUCUCGAUGCCGCGCAGGAAGAAGUGGUCGACUCCAGGGCUCCUAGCAAAGCCGAAAGUUUAGAGGUGUUGGAGCGUGAAACCCAAGCUCUUAAGAACUCCCAAAAGACAAGUAACAUUAACGCUACUAGCCAACAAGAGGAAGAUGAUCAUGCAACCGAUGGUGAAGUUGUCGAGGGUCAGGGUACCUAUCAGGUACCUAAAUUAUCCAGCCUACCAGCGCAGAGACCGAGGAGAAAAUCUAAUAGAGAUUUACAGCAAAAGGAGGAUCCUAUUGCCACUGGCUAUCGCGACGAUCAUCCACUCCCAACGCAAGGGAUAGCCGCCAUGCCGCCUGUCAACCCCAGCUUAAUGCAACAAAAAACCAAUUUUUCAGAAGACAAAUCUCGUUUACACUUAUCUACACAAAGCCAGGGUGCGACUGCGCCUACUUCUCACCCUCGCCAAUUGGAUGCGUCUGCUGAAGGAUCAGCGGAAGACAUAACUAAUGACCGAGCACAUCGCGCAUUGAAUGGCAGUCGUGCGACGUCCUCGCUGUACACGGAAAGUAUUGAAGUGGCGCAUUCUAUUUCCGAUGACAGUGAGGAGAGUGUAUAUCGAUCUCGAACACCCUCUUACGCGGCUUCGCACGCCCCUUCGACCACCGGCCAAUAUCGUCAAAACACUGGCGACAACUCCCCUGGCCGGGAGCGUGCUGCUGUUCAGCGUGUAAUUUUGGGAUCUUCGACUUCUCAAACGUCCACCAAGUCGCGUCGGUCUGAAAGCAUCAGCGAUAGACGACCACAAACUUCUGGCUCGGCUACAUCCACUGUCUCGAGCAAAUUGAAGAUUCUCAUCGGCCGUCAUCCUGCAGAGAACGAUAUUCCCCUCCCUGGGCGACCUCGACGAUCUUCUGAAGCCAGUGGAUCUGGAGAAGAUCUGGAGGAACCGACCUUAGAUGAACUCAUCAAGAGCGACGAGACAAUUCGCUUUACUCUGACACCACGUAACAUGCGGGCCAUGGAAUUACCUGCGUCGCCUCGUUGGAAUGCCCCUCGUAACGAUCUUACUCAAGACCGUUCGGGUACUGCUGAUUUGGCUGAAUUCCUUAAAAACACUGCUCCCCCAGGUGAACAACAUUCACCACGCACUCCAACGGAUCGUACUCUUCCCAGUCCUCGCGUGAAGUCCUACACUCCCCUUGUCAACGGCCUCAGAGCACAUCCACCCGAGGAUAAUAGCGCGAAAUCUACGCCUACCAGUGUGCACUCUCCAGCAAGUCCGGUGAGUCCAGGAUCGGACCGAGGCAAAUCAACAAUGCCCCAAGCUCGUGAUGCCCGUACAGGCCAUGAAUCCGUUCGCGACUUCGCAGAAUUUCUUCGUGGAACUGGCCCCCAAGGUAAUACAUCUGUUGGCACCAAUCGACCCUCUGAGAGCAGCGUCCGCAGUCAUCAACGCAAUGGCUCUACCUCUGUAGUCACUAGGCCAGAUACUGCACAGUCCGGUGCCUCGCGAGCGACUGCCAGGGCUGGGGACUCGCAAAGCUCACCAAGAAAAAAUGGACCGCGACUUCAAGCUCGUGAUGCUGCAGGUAAUGGUGGUAAUAAGACAUCCGAUUUGAUCGAUUUUAUCAGAGAAGGCCCACCUGGCGCAUCUACUCAUCGCAUUCCCCCCUCGAUUAACAAUGAACCCUCCAUCACCGCGUCUCUUGCCAGCACACGUGCUGAUUCCGCCAACUACACUGGUUCCAUCAAUUCCUUAACCAGUUCCCGCAUCCCUCUUUUGGAAAGCAACAAUCGUUCUGAUGCACCGCCUCCCAUUCCCCCGAAGAAGCGCCGUGGUCCUCGAGACCCAUACGCAAUUGACGACUCUGACGAUGAUCUUGACGCACUAAUAGAAACGUCCAAGCCGUCCAAGCCGCAACGACAGGAGGAAAGCAUGCUCGACUUCCUAAAUUCAGUGCCUCCCCCAGUCAGCCAUAAGGCCCCGGAACCGUUUAUUCUCUCUUCUAACCCUGGUCCCUCCAAGAGUUCGAAUGGGACCUCGGUACUUGGUCUUAAAGGCCGUUUCAGACGAAACACAUCUGUUGACAAAGUCCCUACACUAAAAAAGUCGAUGACCUCGAUGCGUUCAGCCAAGUUCUAUGCGGAAACAUCACCCGCCCCUCCUAUGCCCCAAGUGUCGAGCUUCGUUGUCAAGUCAGGCCAGCCUCGCACAGCCGCGCCAUUGGAGCGCCCGUCACGCCCUACAGAGACCAGUGCCUUGGCGGAUUUCCUGAAGAACACGGGCCCACCGGAACCGCCUGUUCGUGUUGGUACAGCAAUGUCUGAGGAGAAGAAGGACUCGACAUUUUCCAAAAUCUUCCGCCGGAAGAAGUUUGAAUUUUGAAACUAAAUACCUAUCUACCUAAUUGUCUAUCUUUCUUUUCUUGACUACGAUUCUUGCUAUUUAGCGUUCUAUAUCGGCGCCAUCCGACUCUUCUAACGAACAUUUCUUUCUGGAUCACUUCUAGGACUGCCACGUUCUAUUACACUAAUCAUUUCUCUUUUUCUCUUAUUCGUGAUACCUCCGAUUUUCUUCUUGGCUCAAAGCCAAUGUUCUUUUUUCAUUAAUAUUUUUUCUUUUUGAAGUAUUUGAUGAGAUAAAAUUUGUUUAUUUUCUCAAAACUUUGAGGCGCCAUCAUGUAUGUAAACCUUGGGUGGAUUGUUUCGUAGCUGCGACGAUACAUAUGUAGUGAUACAGACGCGAGCCAAGUUCAAUUAUUCUCAUAA